AUGCGUCGCUCACUGACAGCCGCAGUGGAUCGUUUGGCCAGGAGGAUGAUUGAGGAUGGAAUCACGACCUCCACGGCCAAAGACCUCUACGAAUCGCAGGCGCACUUUGUACAGGCUGACGACAACAGCUACGGGGAGGGUGUGCAGCCGCGGAUCAAUCUGGUCCUCAGGGGCAGGCCACCGGAAGCGUCGGAACAUCCACCGUAUUUUUUUGCAGCGAACAACGAGAAGGGGCUGACUGAGGCGACCGGGACAACUACUGGCUACAAGGGAGUCGGCUGGAAGUCUGUCUUUCGCGUCACCGACGAGCCGCACGUCUUCUACUUGCCUUUGUCCGACCCCAGCAAAUCCGUGCCGAGCAUUCGGACAGAGAUGCAGACCAUCCAGGCAGAUUCGGCACAGCUGCUCUUCUUGCGCCGGGUCACAGAGAUCAGUUUGAAGGGCGACUGGGCAGCAGAGGAGGAGUCCGAAGAGUUUGCAGAUGCCUGGGCCAGAAUAAUGGUGGCGGGCUCACAAGACCCACGCGCUGCCACCACGCGCCAGCGCUUCCAGCAGAUGGGCAGCGAGCCCCCAGUACUGCUGGAAGAGGUUACAACACGUUUCCAGAUCAGCAGCCACGAAGACGUCCUGGUGGCACUUCCGAAAGUGGAGGAGCCGCCCCCUCAACGUGUCUUCGCCUUUCUUCCUGUGCGAUCAGUGGGCUUUCGCUUUGCCAUCCAGGCACCGUUUCACCUGCAUCGCUCCCCGGAGAACCUUCGCCGCCGCAAUGCCGUGGCGCCUGCCUUCAUCAAAGCAUGCCAGGCAAACUCAGAGUUGGCUGCACAGGCCGUGGAGUUCCUGGGCACGGAGCCAGCGGACCACUUCUGGUGCAACGGGUACGGGGGGGUGGGUGCAAUUGUGAGGUCAGGUCGGAGAGUCCACGGUCCGACUUGCGUUCAGCUCGUAGCCGUCGCCAUUGUCAAGGGCAGAAGGAAGGAUCGUGUCAAGGGUUUGGUGCUGGGCUGCGCUCUGGGCGAUGCCGUCGGCUUGGCCACGGAGUUCAUGACCGCAGCCGAAGCCAAAGCUGCCUACGAGCCGCUGUUGCUGGACCGGAAGGCACAUGGUCAGCACCCCUGGUUGAGACCUGGAGAUGCUGUUCAAGACGGCCAUCGCAGCAAGUGGCGGGCUGGCGAUUGGACAGAUGACACGGAUCAGUUGAUCCUGGUGUUGAGGUGUUUGCUCCCGGCUGUCCGCGGAGAGUCACUGCGACCACCCGAACCCACGGAGUUCGCAGAACGGUUGGUGAGCUGGCACAAAGUCGGCUUCCCGGAGCUCGGUGACACAGGCGGCUGCGGCAUGGGGAGGAGCACGGCUCGCGUACUCGAUGAGCCGACCUUUCUGGCACGGCCUGCAGACGCAGCUCGGCGUGCUUGGGACCUUCUGGGUCGAUCGUUGGCUCCGAACGGGGCCCUGAUGCGGUCAGCAGCCACCGGGCUUCGAGGCUGCGCAUGCGCCGCCGAGGACGCGCGGGCGCUUGCAGAAGUGACGCAUGCGGAUCCCAGGUCCACUGCAGCUUGCGUGGCCGUGGCCGAGCUAGUCGCCGCCAUGCUCCAGAGAGAGGAUGGCCUGAUAUCUGGCACAGGCAUUGAGACCAUGUUAUCGCAGGCUUGUGUCUCGGCAUCCAGUCGUUAUAGUGGGGCAAAGCUUCCACGCAUCGACUUCGGUAUGAGCGAACCAAAAUACCAGCACCCAGGCGCCUCCGCUGAGCGGUAUCUUCCGCAUGAGGAUGCACUCGGCCCGCUCCCUCCGGCAGUGUGGUCUUGCAGCUUCUGUACGUUGGAGAAUCCUCCAGAUGCCACCACCUGCGACGCCUGUGGCGCAAGCCGUCCAGAGGAGGGUCAAGGGACGGUGCAUGCUGGUUUCGGCGUGGCCUGGAGUGAGCAGGAUGCGCGCAGCCGGGCUUACACGCAGGCCCCUGCCUUGAAGGAGCUUCGGGCAGCUAUGCGUGGGCUAGAGAUGCCUGUCACCGAUGCUUCUGACACACUAGGCUACGUGAACACCUGCCUUGCUGCCGGCCUGGCCGCCUUCCGGGGAGCCCUGGAAGCCCCGGGCCGACCGGAGGAGCGGUUCUGCCAAGCUAUCCACUUCUUGACCAUGGCCGCCGGGGAUGCGGACACCAAUGCUGCGGUGGCCGGAGCACUGCUCAGUUGCGCAUUUGGAGCUAAGGCACUGCCCGAGUCAUGGUUGGUGCUGCUGCCUCACCGCACAUGGCUGGAGCAGAUUGCCAGUGAAGCAGCAGCUGCAGCCACCGCAAGCCGCAAGGA